UGUCUGCCACCUCACCAGACUGAUCUUCAGUCCCUGUUCAAGCUUCCCCUUGGAUAGCAGACAUUUUCUGAUGCCCCAGCUGCUCUUCCUGCCUACAUCACCAUCUCUCUUUUGUGUUGUCUUACUUGAGGUCUGAGCUUCUCAGAUGUAUCUUAUCCCUAGCAUCGGCCACAACUCCUGCCCCAUAGGAGGCUGUUAAUAAAAUGCUUGUUGAUGAAUUGAUUCCUGAUGCUAAGACCAGCCCAACAUCCCUGAUGCCUUUCUUGAGGCAAAAUAUAGUGAAGUUAAAUUUGAUAAUUCCUAAAGGCAGAGAAGAAAAGCAGUGUUUUCAUGGAAAACUUUUUUUUUUUUGGCCUGUCUAUAAACAACAGCAAUAAUCUUCAUCUGAGCUGAUUGAUUGCUCACAUUAUGCUGGGAGCCGGCUGUAAACUCAUUCUUCUCCUCUUGUGCCAUCAAGUUAUUGCCUUGGAAGGGCAUACUGAAGGACAUUAUGUCGCUGCUAUCUAUGAACAUCCGUCAGUGCUGAGUCCCGACCCUACGGUCCUUACGGAUCGAGAGUCAGCAUUGGGACUAAUGAACCAGAACCUAGAUCUGUAUGAAGAACAAAUAGAGGCUUCGGCAAAGGAGGGCGUGCAGAUUAUUGUAUUCCCCGAAGACGGCAUUCAUGGCUUCAACUUCACCAGAGAUUCUAUUUACCCAUUUCUGGACUUUCUUCCACCCCUGCAGUCUGGGAAGUGGAACCCAUGCCUGGAGCCCCGGAAGUUCAGGGACACGGAGGUCCUCCAGCGUCUGAGUUGUUUGGCCAUCAAGGGCCAAAUGUACCUGGUGGCUAACAUGGGAACCAAACAGCCCUGUAACAGUAGUGACCCCCAGUGCCCCUCUGAUGGACGAUACCACUUUAAUACUAACAUCGUGUUCAGUGAUAAUGGCACCUUAGUCGCCAGCUAUCGCAAACAAAACCUCUAUUUUGAAUAUGCUUUUGAUACUCCUUCUGAAGUUGACCAUAGCACCUUUGAUACCCCUUUUGCCGGCAAAUUUGGCAUUUUUACUUGCUUUGAUAUAUUGUUCUUCGAGCCUGCCGUGAGCCUUGUGAGAGACUAUGCAGUGAAACAUAUUGUGUAUCCGGCCGCAUGGAUGAACCAGCUCCCGCUGCUAGCAGGUAUUGAAUUCCAACAAGGUUUUGCCGUCGCUUUCAAUGUCAAUGUUCUGGCUGCAAACCUCCACCACCCAUCCUUUGGCAUGACAGGCAGUGGCAUACAUACUCCUCAGAAGUCUUUUUGGUACCAUGAUAUGGAAAGCUCUGAAGGCAGACUGAUAAUAGCCCACAUCCCUAAGAAUCCAACAGGUGCAGGCCUCCUGUGGAAUGGCACGGGUAGAAGCGAUGAGUCCCCCAGACAGCUCUGUGAGAAGGACCCAGAUGCUCACUGCAGUGAGCCCCCAAAAUGGAGCCAUGAGAUGCCCCCUUCAUUUCACUCCGAGAUGAUGUAUGACAACUUCACUCUCGUACCCGUUUGGGAAAAGCAGGGCAGCCUCCGGGUCUGUGCCAAUUCCCUCUGUUGUUAUUUGGAUUAUCAGAGGCACACUUUAUCCAGUGACUUAUACGCUCUUGGUGUCUUUGAUGCGCUUCACACGGUACACGGCACCUACUACGUUCAAGCAUGUGCCCUGGUGAAAUGUGGCGGCCCCCAUUUUGAGACCUGUGGACACGAGAUAACACAUGCUACUGAUACUUUUGACUUUCACCUCUGGGGAAAUUUCAGUACCUCCUUUGUGUAUCCACUGUUGUUGACUUCUGGAAUGACGCUGGAAUCCCCAGGCCAACUGGGCUGGGAAGGCAACUACUAUUUCAUGAGGAAAAAUCAGUUGUCUUCGGGCUUGGUGACAGCUGCUUUGUAUGGACGCUGGUAUGAGAGGGAUUAGUGGAACCAACCAUUCCACUGGGUGGGUACGAGGUUUGUGCUGUGGGACCUAUUUAUCGGUGUUCAAAAUGGAAAAUGAAAAUCAUCCUCAUCAUUCUUUGGAGCUCAAGGGGACAGGUGGAUAUCAACUGAGUCCUAGGCUGCUGCUGCACCCAAUGAUAUAAGCCACAGAGAUGCCUGCCCCUAAGGCAGUGUCUCCUUUCUGUUCUACCGAGAUGUCAAUUGGUACCAUGGAAAGAAGUAGUAUCAUGAGUAGAUCCCCUUGGUUCCAUUUCUUUUAAACAUGAAUUCCAGAGACAGUUUCAAGUAACUUGCGAUCAAUUUUUAAUGUCCUUUGAAAGCUACUGUUGUUUAUUAAAACCAAAACGAGCACCAUUUUCUCAUGCACAACCACAAAGCAGCAUUUUGGCUUUUUUUUUUUUUGGUCAUAUUAUUAGCUGAUGCACUCAAAUAAAAUUAUUUUAGAAUCUUAGAAUGUUUCUUCAGGUAAUGAACAAACAUGGAAUGUGUACUCUUGGUUUCCAGAGAGCCCCUGUAGACAUCUCCUACAUGGGCUGAAAUAGAGCUGCAGAGAUGCCACCCCCAGGGUAAUAGCAGCUGUAUCAAAAGUGGGCACGUAAAAUGUUGUUGAAUAAAAACAAAAACACAGCACAGGGUUUCUUCACAUCCAUGUGUUUCUCGGGAAGAAGGAUGUAUGAGGAAAGACCUGACGUCAUGAAACUUAAAACUGCAGCGUCAUGAGGGGGGAAAGAGGUAGUGGGAUGAGCAGGGAGGAGCCAUGGGCAGAGAGAAGUGUGAGAACUGUGCCUUCGGGGUUUGCUUUCCUCAGAGGCUUCUGAUGCCUCGAACAAAUCACUUAGCGGGUUUUUUUUACAGAUGGUUUGCAAUUGCCCAGCUCCCUGAAUGGAAUUAUCCUGAUGUAAUUCAAUCACUAGCCCCUGACAGAAGCAUCACUUUCUUAAAGAAGCCAUGCAAGGUUGAGAUUUGAGAUAGUUGCAGGGGUUGGGGAUGCCAAGAACUUUCGGCAGUUAUAAAAUUGAAGCUUUUGCUAUAACAUUUAAUAAAUAAUAAAUUUUAUGUGUGAAAAUGUUUAAAAACA